CAUCACACCCACACCCAUCCACACGCCCGGACACCCAUCAUCACGCCCACACCCAUCCACACGCCCGGACACCCAUCAUCACUCCCACACCCAUCCACACGCCCGGACGCCCAUUAUCACGCCCACACCCAUCCCCACGCCCGGACGCCCAUCAUCACGCCCACACGCCCAUCAUGGACACCCUCACCAACGCCGCCCUCUGCGUUCUGUUCCUCCUGGCACUCACCCGACCUGGUACAGGUCUGAGCAUCCUAGAGACAGUUAUCCCCGUGUACAAGAUCAGAGGUGAGGAUGCUGUACUGAAUUGUCACUAUGAUCUGGAGGGCGAGCCGCUGUACUCCGUCAAGUGGUAUAAAGAUGACGAAGAGUUCUACCGCUACAUGCCGGGCUCAGUCCAAACCCAGUCCAUCUUCCCUCGACCUGGCGUGACUGUUGAUCCGUCUAAGUCUAACGCGUCUCGGGUUGUGCUCAAGAGACUGGACUUCAGGUCGUCUGGGCUCUACCGCUGUGAGAUAUCUGUCGAGGAUUCAUUCAACACGCUCAACCGCUUUGGCCGCAUGAUGGUUGUAGAGUUACCACGGCCGCCCCACAUAUCACAGGUGUUGCGGACAAGUACGUGGCCGGGGACAUACUGAGAGCCAACUGUACUGCUGGACGUUCUCAUCCUGCUCAAUCCUCAGCUGGCAUGUCAACAGCAAGGAGGUACCUAUGAAAUACACCUUCUCCUAUGCACCUGUACUCCACCCGGACGGCCUAGAGACAUCGACCCUGGAGCUGCGGCUGAGGUUGAGGAAGAGUCACUUCUCGAGGGGCGUCAUCGUGCUGAGGUGUAAGGCGACGGUGGCUGCUCUCUAUACCCGCAGUGAUCAUGACUUCUUACAGCUGGAGGGUCGCAAACUGCAGCCCAUUGUGUUGGAACAGAGAGACUCCCAGAUCAGUGUAAACAUGGGUCAAGGUGUGACCAGCUGGCCGCAUCUGGUGCUGCUGCUGCCACUUACGCUACUGUCGACCACCUGGCAUUGAUGGCCAAGCGACACUACAUAGGCAAGAGGUACUGUUGGGCAUGACGCACUGAUUGGGCAAGAGGAAUUGAUUGGGCAAGAGGAACUGAUUGGGCAAGCGGCACUGUCCUAGCCAACGUCAGUGUCAGCCAGCCUCUCCUAGCCAACGUCAGCGUCAACCAGCUCUCCUAGCCAACUGAUGGUCUUGGUGUUUUUAAAUUAUUCUUGCUUCAAGUCGCCAUUAGCGUUCAGGAUCCGAGAGUAAGCCUACCCCUGUUAGUGCUUUGGGAUGACGUCAUCACUCUCUGACCAGUCACAGCUCUAGGACUGCAGUAGAGGGAAGACAUCACCACUCUACUACGGUCAGGGAGUUGUGAAUGGCCAGAGGGUGAUGACCGUAGCGGAGUGAUGAUGUCAUCACUCUCUGGCCAUCCGUAGCUCUCUGACUGUAUCAGAGUGGGACCGUCAUCACUCUUUGUCCAUUCACAGUUAUUUGACAACAGCUGAGUGGUGACGUCAUCACUCAGGCCAUUCACAGGUCUCACUGCAGGAGAGUAGUGACGUCAUCACUCAGGCCAUUCACAGCUCGCCGACACUAACUUAGUGGUGACGUCAUGGAAGUUUUUUAUGCUACCAACCCCGCAGUCCCCCUACACCCCCUCAGGACUACCAACCUCAUAACCCUUACAGGAUUACCAACCCUACAACUCCCCAGAACUACCAAACUUACAAUUUUCCUCAGGGCUACCAUAUCCCACAAACCCCCUCAGGGCUACCAACUCC